AUGUCAUAAAUGAGGGUAUCUUUUAUUGGGAGAGUCUUUAAAGCUUGAACCCCACUCCUCUCUUUAUUUAUUUUCCUUUUCAGUUGGAGAGUUGCAGAAAUUGAUCCUGACAAGAGAUCAGCCACUGCUCUCACCCCCAAGCUACCAAGAUAUAGAUAGACGUGAUUUGACGGUGCAUAUGAAUAUCGUACCCAGAUGGAAAUUUUGAUCUAGAACAACUUUCUGAUCGAUUCUCGAAGAAACUCCAAGUUACAGGAGACAAAUUCAUGGCGACGUACUUUCAUGGGAGCUCAGAAAUCCAAGCGGAUGGCCUGCAGACACUUUAUUUGAUGAACCCUAACUACUUAGGCUACUCUGACACACAAAACAAUCAACCGGCCAGUAACAUGCUUUUCUUGAGCUCCGCCGCCGGCAACGCGCCUUGCUCCUCCAGUAUAUCCCACGCGCAGCCGCCGCCACAAAGCCACCACUUCGUCGGCGUCCCACUCCCGACCACUGGAUCGGGCAAGUCCGAAGAUCCCAACUGUCCGUCCCAAAUUCCGACCCUGCAUGGCGUCAUCCCCCGUUUCCCCUACAAUCUGUGGGGCAACAUCGACCCAGCCGCCGCCGGAAACCACCAAAGUGGCGGCCCCGACGUUUCCAACUUUCAUCGGCCGGUGGUCUCGCCGACUACCCAGCAAGGCCUGUCCUUGAGCCUUUCUUCCCAACAGCCGGGUUACGGGUCACUUGCUGGAAAGCAUGGAGUUUCCGGGCAGGCCCCGGUGGCCGUAAUAUCUCCCGCGAGCGGAGACAACGUCCACGGCUCCGGUGGUUCGUCAUCGUCGGUGUCGACCGGGAUCUCCGGUAUGCAAAGCCUGAUUUUGGGCUCCAAGUAUUUGAAGGCGGCGCAGCUACUUCUUGAUGAAGUUGUUAAUGUGGGGAAGCCAAUUAAGGCCGACGCCCGCGAGGGAACCAGAGAGAAGACGAAGAUGAACGGAGAAUCGACAGCCGGCGGCGGUGACUGCUCCAGCGGCGGUGGAGAGACCAGCUCUAGGCGUGGGAUUGAGCUCUCCACGGCCCAAAGACAGGACCUUCAGAUGAAGAAGGCAAAGCUUGUCACCAUGCUUGAUGAGGUGGAGCGAAGAUACAGACAGUACCAUCAGCAAAUGCAGAUUGUGGUUUCAUCGUUCGAGCAAGCAGCCGGAAUUGGGGCGGCAAAGUCCUACACCGCCCUCGCUUUGCAGACAAUCUCGAAGCAGUUCCGGUGUCUAAAAGAUGCAAUCGCCGGCCAAAUCAAGGCCACAUCGAAGAGCCUCGGGGAAGACGACAACUUGGCAGCGAAGUCUGAGGGUUCAAGGCUUAAGUUUGUGGAUCAUCAGCUUCGCCAGCAGCGGGCUCUUCAACAGUUGGGAAUGAUCCAGCACAAUGCUUGGAGACCCCAGAGAGGAUUGCCGGAACGCGCUGUCUCGGUUCUUCGCGCUUGGCUCUUCGAGCACUUCCUUCAUCCCUAUCCUAAAGACUCGGACAAACAGUUGCUCGCGAAGCAAACAGGGCUUACUAGGAGCCAGGUGUCUAACUGGUUCAUUAACGCCCGGGUGCGUCUAUGGAAGCCAAUGGUUGAGGAAAUGUAUGUGGAGGAGAUGAAAGACCAUGAAGACCAAAAUGGCUCCGAAAACAACACUAGCAACAAGAAGGGUCCAGCAGGGCUAAAGUCCACAGCUCCACAAGAGAACACCUCUUUCCAAAUGGAUCAAUCUAUGCAUGAGAGGCCAACCAACCUUCAGGCUGCUAAUUCUCCCACCGAAAUCUCGAAUUCCACGGCUUCAACGUCCCCCCUCGGAGGAUCCCACCAACCUCAAGGAGCCUUCACCCUAAUAGGAUCCUCCGAAAUGGAAGGGAUUGUUCAGAGAAGUCCAAAGAAGCCCAGAAGCUCAGACCUGCAAAGUUCACCAAGUAGCAUCCUUUCCAUGGACAUGGAGAUGAAGCAUGGCGAGACCAUAACCAAACGAUUCAAUGAAAAGAGCUACUCAUUGUUGCCAGGCACUGCUAGCCAUGGCAGUGCAUUUGGAGCAUACCCAAUGGGGGAUAUUGGAAGAUUCAAUCCUGAGCAUUUGGCCACCAGAUUCCAUGGAAACAGUGUCUCACUAACACUUGGCCUUCCACACUGUGAAAACCUGUCUCUCUCAGGCACCCAAAGUUUCCUCUCCAACCAGAGCAUCCAUCUGGGAACCCGAAUCGACAUGGCCGGGCCUGUCGAAGCUCAUCAUUACGGCAGCCUCAGCGGCGGCACACAGCCCUCCCAUUCCAACUCUGGAUACGAGAGCAUCAACAUUGAGAACAGGAAGCGCUUUGCUGCCCAGUUGUUGCCAGAUUUUGUGGCUUGAACGACUCGAUAAAAAAGACCACUUUACUACUGCCUUAAUUAUAAAUUGCAGGUAAUUCUAUAUAAAGACCAAUGUUGCAGGGAGAGAAGGAAAGUGGAGAAAAUUCACAGGCAAUUAAUCAAUCUUGUUCCUCCAGCUCGGGUAGAGGAGAAUUUAUAUAUGUUUAGUGUAAAGAUGGUAUAAGGAAGUUACAUCAGUAGUAUAUUUUGCCAUAGCUCAUAUAACUUAAAAGAUUUAGUGUUUAAGGUUGAGGAUUGUAUAUUCUAUAUAUAUUGAAGCUUUUGGUAGUUGGUAUAUAUAUAUAAAGCUUCAUAGUUCUGAACUGUGAAAAUGAGUUUAAUAUGGUGAUAUACAGAAUCUACAUAUAUAUACAUAUAUGUUGUGAGAA